CACCGAUACGCGCCGUCCUCUCUCAUCCACACUUGUUGUCAACCAGCGAGAAACAUGACAUCCAAAUUACUGGUUCAUUUCUUACUCCUGUCUGCCCUCCAGACCUGCUCUCUAACUAUCGAGUACGAUGAGGAAUACGAGGAUGUCACAGUGAACCAAAUGUUGGCUCCUAAAUCACAAGAAACGGACGCCACGGAAAUACUCAACAAUUUACUGAAAGAAUACGACAAAAAACUACGACCGGAUAUCGGAGUUAAACCAACAGUCAUAGACGUGGACAUAUUUGUGAACAGCAUUGGACCGGUGUCAUCAAUAAAUAUGGAAUAUCAGAUUGACAUCAUCUUCGCCCAGACGUGGACAGACAGCAGGCUCAGAUACAACAGCACCAUGAAAAUAUUGACUCUGAACAGCAACAUGGUGGGACUUAUUUGGCUGCCUGAUACCAUCUUCAGGAACUCAAAGAACGCUGAUUCUCAUUGGAUUACAAUGCCCAACCAGCUGCUGAGAAUAUGGAACGAUGGGAAGAUACUUUACACCCUCAGAUUAACGAUAAAUGCAGAAUGUCAGCUACAGCUGCACAACUUCCCAAUGGACGAGCACUCCUGUCCACUCAUCUUUUCCAGUUAUGGAUACCCUCGAGACGAAAUGAUUUACAAGUGGAGGAAGAACUCUGUGAAGGCGGCGGACCAGAAGUCGUGGCGUCUCUACCAGUUUGAUUUUAUGGGCCUGAGAAACACUACGGACAUAAUAAAGACCACAACAGGUGACUAUGUGGUGAUGACGGUGUACUUCGACCUGAGCAGGAGAAUGGGUUACUUCACCAUCCAGACCUACAUCCCCUGCAUCCUCACCGUGGUCCUCUCUUGGGUCUCCUUCUGGAUCAAGAAAGACGCCACACCAGCUAGAACAGCUUUAGUCCUGUGGACCAAUUUGCAUCAAGGUAUAACGACAGUGCUGACCAUGACCACACUCAGCAGCGUGGCACGGACGUCUCUACCCAGAGUGUCUUAUGUCACCGCCAUGGACCUUUUCGUCACCGUCUGCUUCCUGUUUGUCUUCGCUGCUCUGAUGGAGUACGCAACGUUAAAUUACUACUCCUACAGCGCCAGGAGACCCAGCUGCAUGCACUCCAAAAGAUCGAACUAUUCAGUCUUGGAUGUGAGACCUCCACACACCACCAUCGCGUUAAAUAACUCCCUGUACUGGCAGGACUUUGAAGACGCUUGUGUCUACGAGUGUUUGGACGGAAAGGACUGCCAGAGUUUCUUCUGCUGUUUCGAGGAGUGUAAAGGAGGAGGGUGGAGGAAAGGACGAGUCCACAUAGAUUUACUUGAACUGGACACGUACUCACGUGUCUUUUUUCCCACCUCGUUCUUACUGUUUAACAUCGUAUACUGGGUGGGCUAUCUCUACCUUUAGCACUCUGCAGGAACAGUUCAACUAAGGAAACAUAAAUAUGAAGGUAACACCAAAUAAACUGAAGCAGUUACCUGAAGACAAACGGAGAGGACAGGCCCGUGGCGAGAAGAGAUUUCUGCCUUGGAGACUUCAGGUAUGAGAAUACAACACAGUACUG